AUGGUAAGAACAUCUAAAGAGAAAUGUGAAUCAUUAAAUUUUUACAAGUAUCUUUGUCCGAUAAUUGGAUCUGAGGAGGUCGUGAGAAUAAGGAGGUUGAAAAUCAAUAUCGUUGAAAUUUGCCUUAACAAUAAAUUGAAAGUAAUAAUAAGCGGAAGUAAAGGUGAAGGCCUUGAUUUAAAAGGCAGUGAUAUAGAUUUAAUGAGUAUUACUUCUUUAUAUAAAGUGUAUCAAUCAGAAACAGAAGUUGUUUUUGAUGGUCUAAAAAUUCCUUUAAUUAUGAAUACAGAGGAGACCUUGCCAUGUUUUGCACAAUUACGUCUUCUAGAUGAACAGAAAGACUUCAAAUUUAUGUGGGAAAACAGUAAUCUUGGAGGUAUGCUUUCGAGUGAAAUCUUUAGAAGGGAUCAUUUGUCAUUGUUUCCUAUCGAAUUGAAAAUUCAUGGUCCAUGUUUAUCAGAUAUGAAUGAUUUUUUUGAUGUUGCGUUUUGUCUUAAAUGUGACCAAUGGAUAUUUCAAGCAAAGCCAUGGGUAAGUAGACCACGUACAACAUGGCCUUUACCUGGAAUAAUUUCCAAAAUAAUAUCUUGUGGAGUGUUAUUUGUUCCAAUUGGAUGCAAAGGAUCAAUAAAAGAACAUCUGGAAUGGCGAAUUUCAUUUUCUCUAGCAGAAAGGUUACUUAUCUAUUCCUUCAGUCAUACACAACUAUUAUGUUAUGCUCUUUUAAAAAUCGUGUUGAAGGAAAUAGUAGAAAAACAUAUAGAAUUGAAAGGUUUAUUGUGUUCAUAUUUCUUGAAAACAUUGAUGUUUUGGAUUUCCGAAGAAACGGAUCAGAAUUUAUGGCGACCAGAUAACAUUAUACCUUGUUUCAUGGCAUGUCUACAAAGACUGCUAUACUGUGUAAGGUAUUCAAUCUUGUCACAUUAUUUCAUACCAGACAAUAACUUUUUUGACUUACGGUUCAGUGGUAUCAACAAAGAAAAAUUGGCCACCAUGCUAAAGAAAUUAUAUGAACAAGGAAUAAAUUGUUUUGCGUCUUCUGAGACCCUGCAAGAUUAUCAAGGACAAUCCUAUAAACUAACAGAAUCUUUAUCAAGUGGACAUGCUAGAUUACUACCAGAUACACAUUUGGAUAUUACAUAUAUUAAGAUAAUACAUCUCUUAUAUAAUUUUUUACGUCACUCCAGGACUGGUUUAUCAAGAGGUUUAUUUGCUUUAUAUAUAUCAAAGGCAUGUUGGUCUGCUCCAGAUACCUCAAAAUACCAAUAUAGCUCAGAAAACAAACAACAAUACUCCAAGUACAAAUAUGAUCUCAUUCAUUUAUCGAUAGGUUUACAUUCAGAUGCAAUAUCAGGAUGGCUGACAUUGGCUUCUUUCUUAUAUGUUCAUAAAAAAUACUUUGCCUCAUCAAGUGUAAUUAAGUUUGCGUUGAAGAAAUACCAUGAAAGAUCUAAAACUGGAAGAACCUUAUCUGAGUACGCAUUUAUCCAAAGACAGAAGACGAAUCUGAUGAAAAAGCAAAAACUUAAUACAGCAUUAAAAGCAAUAACAAUUCAAAAUCUUACAUUUCGCAAGAACUCGUCUAUAAUUCCACAAGAACUACAGCUAGAUGUUUCAAAAUCCCAUGCAAUUUAUGAUCCGUUAUCAUUUGCCUAUUUCCUAAGCUUCUUAUGUUACUAUCAUCUACAGGACAUGACAUCGUGUAGAUAUUAUUUACAACAACUUAGAUCAACAAUUAAUUUUACAACGGUUGGUAUAGAAACACACUUGUCUUCACCAAUAUUUUGUGGCAUAGCCUACCAGUUAAUGGGUGACACAUACGUUGCUAGACAAUUUUUUCAACAAACUGCUAAACUUGAUCUGUAUAAUUUAACCAGUGCAGCGUCAAGGUUAUCUAGUGUCAUCUGAUAAUGAUAUGUCAAUUGAGAUGUUACUUUGAAAAGUUUCGAGUUUUUGAAAUGUGAAUCUAAAGACAAAAUUAAUCGCGAAUUCAUGCGCUCAUGAUUUAUGGGAUAUAUCCAGAUUUUGUGGAUAAUGUUUUGAAGACUUAUAUGACUUUUUUUGUACAAUAUUUUUUUUUAUAAGAGUACAAUUCAAUAGACUGUAAAAUAAAGACUAUCGCUAGUAGUUAUGAAUUUCAAACCAAUUUAGAUCAAUUCAGGAACAUUAAAA